GCUUCAACUGUGCCUUAUCAAAUAGCCUCUGUCAUCGCCUAAACGAAUCAAUCACGGUACUCUACUUGCCACUUGAAUCUCCCAGGGUGAAGGUUAGAGGGCUUGGAAAGAAGGAAGCAACAACAUGAAUCCGGAUGUACCCAACAUUAACAUUAAGAUACCAGGAGAUGAAGAAAGCCAUGGACAAACUCCUCUUCCUGUUGCUGCUUCACAUGCCUCAUCAUCCGAUUCAGUGGAUGAAAGUACGAACUCUGUAGAUGAUCUGUACUGGCUUGCAUUCGACGAUGAGUGGGAUAAAAUGCGACCCAUUGUUGAAAAAGAUCCAAAUAGUGUACGCACUCCGUUGACUGGAUUAGGCGACAGAGCUCUUCAUGUAGCAGCAAAUGCGGGGAGCACUGCUUUUGUUAAAGAGUUGCUUAAGCUUAUGAGGUCAGAAGAUGUGCUAAUACAUAACGAAAAUCAUAUGCUUCCAGUUCACUUGGCUGCUUUAUCUUUCCAUCAUAGAAUAGUGCAACUUCUAUGCUCUGACCAUCUGCUUGACAAAAUGGCUUACGAGGAUAUUGAAAAACUCUUUUUUAUGACCAUUAGCAACGACAUGUUUGAUGUGGCCUUUAAACUAUUUGAAAAACGUCCACUUCAAUUUACCUCUGCAAGAGAUGAACAAAAGCUAACAUCAUUGCAUAUGCUGGCGCGAAAGCCUAAUAAAGUUCUAAAGAGAUCAGACAGAGAAAGAAACUACGGAGAGGGUAUGGAAUUGGUGCAGAGGAUAUGGGAUGAAGUUAAAAAUCUGACUGAAGCUAAAAAAUUGAAAAUCGAUGAUAUUUUGGAGUUGACUACUAAACAAUCCGUAGUGUUGUUUGAUGCAAUAGAAUCAGGAAACAGUGAAGAAGUAAUAUGGUGCUUCAUGGAGGGUUCUGCAAUACUCAUGACCUUAAAGGACUCUAAUGGACGGAACCUAGUGCACUUGUUUUUUUUAUAUUGACGUUUGGAAUUCUUUGAACAAUUUCUAAGUAAGAGAAAACAAUAUUUAGUAAGAGCAAUUGACAAUGAAGGUAACAACGUUCUACACCUGGCUGCGCUUUUGCCCCCUGAAUUCAAAUCAUUCUCAGGUUUAAGUGCAAAAAAUCAAAUGGACAACGAGCUCACUUGGUUCAAGAUCAAUUUAUUCAUUUCCUUAUUUCUUAUUCCAUGGUUCUUUAUUAAUUAGUAUUGUAUGACAUCAGUUUCAGAAAUCUUGACACGUACUUGUGGUUGAUAAAUAGGAUGCGGAGAGAGUAGCUCCUCCUGAAUUAAAGAGUAUGAAAAACAAAAAGGGGAAGACACCAGUUGAUGUAUUUUUUGAUGAACACAACCAGUUAUCCAAAGAUAUCAAAGAAUCUGCUAAAGGAAUAGCCAAUUCUGGGAUGGUUGUGGCAACGCUUGUUGCUACUGUAGCAUUUGCAGCUGCUCUCACUAUUCCAGGUGACAAGAACAAUGCCUGGUUCAUAGUUUUCAUUGUCACAAAUGCAAUCGCAUUGUUCACUUCUUCUGCCUCCAUACUCUCUUGUCAAAUUUCACUUCUUCAAGAUUCGCAGACUUUGAAUUUGUUAUAUCACUACAUCCCAGCUUGACUUUUGGCCCUGAGUUACUAAUAAUCUUCGUUGCUGCUAUGGUUGUGGCUUUCGUUGCAGCAUCCUUUCUGAUAUUUGAUUGCACAACAAAAUGGGUUUCUUAUGUAGUGAUUCCAAUGGGGGCUUUCCCAUUGCUUGUGUUUAUUCUCUUCCAGUCUAAGUUCUGCGACAUCUCCUAUUGGUCUAAAUACUAUCGCAUAGAUCCCAAACCUAGGCGCGAAACUUAAUACUCAGGCACCUAUGUUAGCAUCAUUAAGUUUGUUAUCCUAUAUUUUUCUGUGUCUUAAUUACAUCAUGGCUGUAUU